AUGUCCAUCAACAGGCCAAACAAACCCAAGAAUGGCGGGAUCACGGCAGGAAUUUCACGUGCGGGGCCCGGGCGCGACUCAGUUCUCGGCCACAGCGCGAAUUCAAGCUCAGAAGACAAUGACGAGUUUUGCGCUUCGUGCGGCGGCGAAGGAAAGCUUCUCUGCUGCGAUGGAUGCACCAAUUCCUUCCAUCACGCUUGUUUAGAGCCGCCGCUGGAUCCCGACCAAGAAGUGGAUGGUGAAUGGUUUUGUCCACGAUGCGUUGCCCGACGCUCGAAACAAGCACCAUCCCCGACCGGUCUUCUAGGACUGGCCAUCCGCCGAGUCGAUGAUACCAUCCCCAAAGCAUUUGCCUUGCCUGUGGACAUACGUGAAUAUUUUGAAGGUGUUCGCACGGGUGACGAAGGCGAGUAUGAGGAAGUCAGUCUCCCUCGGACGCAAAACAAUGCGGUCAAGAUGAACCGAGCAGGCUUCAUCGAGGAGCCCAACUACAAGGAAACCCGGGAUAGUAAGGGUAACCUGAUCCUCUGCUAUCGAUGUGGACAUACCUCGAAUGGCCGCGACAUCAUUCCCUGUGACUACUGUCCUGCCAAAUGGCAUUUGGACUGUGUGGACCCGCCUCUCGCCGUCCCACCUCGUCGUCGUGCCGGGGACAAGCCUGGCGCAACCUGGCGAUGUCCACUGCAUGUGGAACACGACUUGGUCGCUGUCGGCCGUCAAGCGGAGGCGGCUCCCGGCGAGCUGGGACGCAUGCCGAAACUACGAAAGCCCAAGAAUGCCGUGCCGUUGGAUGUGCCGGUGGUGCGCGGAUUCCGAAACAACGGCAUCAUCGAAGUGGAACUGAUGAAGGACGAGUUUGAAUUUGACAAGACCAAAGAGGUCGACAUGUUAGGCAAAGUUCACCGCAUCCCGGAGAAAGGCAUUCGGCUGGAUUUUAUCGAUCGAGUCAAGAAGAGUUGGUAUGAGGAUCAAUCAUUCCCGCGACUCCUGAACGCCCCCAAGAGGAUCCGAGCGGCCAAAUACCGCCCAGAUGGUGCCGUGUUGUAUCAUCCCCCCGAAGAAACGGUGGUCAAGGUGGUCGAACCCGAUUUUUUCACCGGAGCAACGGCACUUGCUAUUGCAGAGACGGCGAAGGCGAACGCAGCCCUCCGUCAACGAUCUCUCAGAGAACAGCAAGCGGUACUACAACUGGCAGAAAUGUCUCAGAAAGGCAUGAACGGUCUAUCGGGCGAUGCAUUGGCCGACUUGACCAACCAGCUGGUCAGUGAAGCUCCACCGGAAGUGCUGGAGGCCAUGCAACAGUCCGAACUCGACCAACUGCUUCAACUGCAGGGACUUAUCAACAAGAGAUUGGCCGUGUUGGGUCACGCCACUCCUUCGCUGACGGACGAGACCAGCCAAGCGAGCCAAAGUGGUGAUUUGUCUCGUCCUACGGAAGAGCACGUUGCCAACAGCACCAAAGGAAAGAUGGUGAAUGGUGAUACCACUGCCGCCACUGGUACUGGUACUAGUAGCGCUGCCAACACGAACGCGAAUACCAAUACCACCAAGAAGUAUCUCUAUGAAGACUACGAGGCCAAUGGGGAAGUCAACAGCGAGCAUGACUCGGACGAAGACGAAGACAUUGACGAUGACUCGGACAGUAUUACUUGA